AUGAAAGGUAUGGACACGGAUGGGAAGCCUUAUCGAUCUGGAGGCGAUGGUGAUUCGAACAGGUUUAUUUGGACAUCGGAGGAAGUAAAUGAAGAUCGUCAGGCGGUACGUUGUUUGUUGUGAGUUUGAAGUUUGGUUGACUGAACUAGUAAUGUUAUUUAAAGUUAUAACAAAUUAUAUUUUAUUUUUUCUAAUGAAUUUUUAAGGUAAAUCUUUCAAAUAUUUUUUAAAAAUUGUUUUUAAUUAAUCUUCUGCGGAAACUGUUAUUCUCAUAUCAAUUGACUCAUAUGUAUAAGUGUUUUAUAUUUUGUGAUUCUAUUAUCCAAAUGAUUUGACGUAUUUCUAGAAUACAGAACGAAUUCGCAUCUACGAAGCAGCAACUGGCCGGGUUCUGUCGAAUAUUAGGUCUAACGUCUUGCCACAUGCAGAAAUAAGUCUUCUUCCACGUUCAAGGACGAUAUGGAUAAGUAAGUUGGAUUCAACUGAUCUCUGCGAUCUUUUAUUUGUUGCAGUAUUAUGUUAGUUCUUGUAAUAUUGUAGACUAUGUUUGUUGCUUGUAAUAUUGUAAAGUAGAUAUCUUAUUAUGGUAGAUUUAUUGUAUAUUUUAGAUGAAAUGAUUUCUAAUAAUCAAUAUCGUGAUAAGUAUGCUUGGUAUCGAAUUCCUCGAGCUCUUAAGUUUAAUGGUAAAUUAGUAAGGCCGACCAACGAGAUUAAAAGUAAGUUAUUUUUUACAUCAUUGUAAGUAAAUAUUAUUGUAAUUUGUGAUUGACACAUUUCUCAUGUUUAACUUCAUAUAGGGAAUUGUAAAAUCAACGAUCACUUUUGCACUUCUCAAUGGAGACCUGUCACAGACUACCUACUUCAGAAUUGGCUUAAUGGUGAGGUAAGUGAUGUUGCGGUAUAUUAUUGUCUCUAGUAAUCUAGUUAAAACCUUUGUUGUAUUUUUAAUAUUCAGCUUUUCAUUGGAUGGUAAUUAUGAGUAGUAGAGUGGUUUUUUUUCAAGUGCCAGACUUCCUAACUACAUUAAUAUUGGUUUUAGCUUUGUGUUUACGAUGAAAGAUUUGAGGUUUGGAGUGACAGAGAUCCAUCGUUUACUGUUCAACGUGUUGGAAGAAGACUGCACAAACGAAUCAAACAGUUAAGGUCUCACAGCCUUGGGGACAAACAUGCCAUAGUCUCUGAGAAUAGUCUUCGGGUGGACGAGAUGAAGAAGACAAUGUUCAUGUUGGAAGUAAAUAAUGGUACGUGUUUUUAUAUACUGUUAAAGGUUAAGUUCUAAUUCUUUUGGUUGUAGUUUUUAUAAAUUGUAAGGUUUGGGUCAAUGAGUACCGAGAUUUUUUUAGUAUAUAGAGUUGUGUUACGUUUCAGGUUUUUCUGAGAUGGAUUUUAUACUAUAAUGUUGUAAUAUUUAUAUUAUUGGUUUUACGUGUUUAAUGGUCUUAAGAAUUGGUAUCAUAAUUAUUGAUACAUGGUUAAUAUAACUUCUUGUUUCAGGACAAGUAAUUGCAAGAGAUAUUGGCAAUUGCACUAAGCUUUCAACUCUCAAACAUCUCUUUUACAAGAUUUAUGUAGAAAUUGAGAGAAGUGAGGCAACAGAAUUAUGCCAUCAGGACUUUAAACUACAUCUCUACGAGAAUAUCAGACGGUGUGUGCUCCUUUAUCAACGAGAGGUGUUGGAGCAAUUGAGAAGGGAGGGGAUUCAUUCAAAUUAG